AUUUGCUUUUAUGAGUGUCACAAUAUCCUCAAUUCCUCAUAUAGCACGUGCAUUUUUCUGCGUUAGAAACAAAAAAUUUCUUCUACUCAAUUCAACAUGUCCACUGAAGAAUGGAUAGAAAAAUGCAUAAGGGAGGAACAUAUAAAAUAUUAUGAAUUUAGUGAAUUUAGUGAAAUAAGAGAAAUAGGUAAUGAAUUAUUUGGUAAAAUGUAUAAAGCAAAUUGGAAACAAAGUGAAAAAUGUAUAGUUUUAAGAUCAUUUAAUUUAGAUCAUGCUACUGUUAAAGAAAUCAUCCGUGAGAUAAAAUUACGUAGGGAAGUUGAUUUUAAUGAUAUGAUGAUGAAAUUUUAUGGGAUAACUAAAACUUCAGAUAAAAAAUAUUUAUUAGUAUUAGAGUAUGCAGAAGGAGGUACACUUCGCAAUUACUUGAAGGAGGAGUUUACUUCGUUAGAUUGGCAAGAUAAAUACAGAUUAGCCUUUCAGUUAUCGAGUGCAAUAGAAUAUUUGCAUGAAAAAGAAACAAUACAUGAAGACCUGAAUUCGAAUAAUAUAUCCAUACAACAAAAUUCAAUUAAAUUAGCGGAUUUCGGGUUGAGUAAACGUAUUAAAAGUACCGAUCAAAUUUCAUUUGACACAGUUCCUUAUGAUGCCCCAGAAGGAUUUAAUAUUACGGGAGGAAAUUUACAGGACGUAAAUAGAGAGAAUAAGCAGACAGAAAAAUUAAAAAAAAGUGAUGUUUAUAGCACUGGAGUAUUGUUGUGGGAAUUGUCUAGUGGAAAAAGACCUUUCGCCGACAAAGAAUAUAACAUCUCUUUAGCCAGAAAAAUUUCCCAAGGAUUAAGAGAAGGUAUAGUAGAGGGUACCCCCAAAGAAUAUUCUAACCUUUAUGCAAAGUGUUGGGAUAGCGAUCCAGGCAAAAGGCCAACAAUUCAAGAAGUUACCAUUAUUUUAAAGUCGAUGAUAUCGUCACAGCAAACACAACAGGUGAUUAAACAACUUAAGUUGAAUCAUGGACUAUUCUUGGACGGGUAUAGGAUAGAACCUAGCAAACAAGCAGUGCUUUCUGAAAAUGGAAUAUUAAAUAUAAGUUUAUACAGAGAACAACCUUUAAUAUAUACUUAUGUAAACAAUCACGGUUCUCUUACAAAUUUAUUGAGUUUUGAUGAUAAUAAUGAACUUAACGAAGCUUUACAACCAUCAGAUAUAUGUAUUAAUUUUCCGGUCGCUGAAAUUACCUAUAAUGCUAAUUUAUUAGAGUCCUUUUCAAAUUUUAUGAAUGGCGAUGAAACAUUAUAUGAAACGUAUGGCCAUCUUUUCGCUAGAAAACUUUUAGUUGGCGGUACAUUAUUUAUUGAUGAUUUUAAAUCAAUUACUUCGAAACAACAAAUUGACUCUUUUAAAUUUCUCUUAACAUGGGUAUAUAAUUCUGUUAAAUAUAAUAAAGAAAUUCCAUUUAAUAAUUUAUCUUCUUUGAAUUUUUUUCCAAAAUUAAGAACGUCAGGCGGAAAAAAGUUACUUGCUCCGGUAGAUUUAAUCAAUUGGAUGAAUAAAUUAUAUCAAGAUAAUAUGUUAGAUAUAAUUUCAUAUACUAAUCUUAUUCUCAUUUCUGAAUUAAGACUUGGGAAAUCAUCAUCAAUAGAUGCUUUUCAAGAAAAACAACCUGGAAUUGCCAAUUUCAAAGAAAAAUUAAGUUUAAAAGAUUGGGUUGGUGAUUCAAUAUGUGUUAUAUAUGUUAAUCUGGCAAGAUGGGUUAAGGAGUUUCAUCUACUUCAAGGUAUAAUAAUUAGUAAAUAUCUUAGAUUAGAAAUUAGCAAGAAAACUGCUGUUAGUUUCGUUAAUGUUCCUUCAGUAAAUUUAAGUAAAAUAUGUGAUAUAUCUCAUUUGAAUAUGAUAAAGCCGACAACUAAUUUAGAAAAAAUUUUAAUAUCUAAUAAUAUAUUUCCGACUGAGAACGCCAGGGAUAUAAGUACUUUUCCAUUUAUAAAAGGAUUAAUUAAAGAAGAUAAUUUAAAUUAUAGAAAUUAUACACAUUUUCUAGUGAGGCGCGAACGAUAUAAAAUUUCAUUAAGUUCGUCAAGUUCGCUUGACAUUGAACCUUCGGAAGAAUUUGAACUAGCUAUUGAAGAAGCGAUUGAAAGCAUGAGACCAUUUGUAUUUUUACAAAGUGUAUUUGAUGAAUAUGGCCAUUUGUUCCCAUUAACUAUUUUCAUAGGAAAAUCUCUUAAAAAUAUUUUAUCAAAUUCACCUAAAAAAAUUGAUUUAGGAUCACCGACAUUUGAAUCGUUAAAAUUGCAUUUGGAUAAUUUAAAUAUUUCAUAUCUUUUAACAAAAAAAGGAAAUAUCGUUGAAAAAAAUGAUUUAUCUAAUUGGAUUAAAGAUGAUGAUAAUUUAGAAAUUAUUGAAUUUGAAAAUGUAAUUUCUUUAUAUGACAUUCUUGAAGUAGAACAACGGAGGAGAAUAGAUGUUGUAUUAAAUAAACAAGAUGAGGUUAAAAUUAUAAUGACAGGGAUUGUUGAUUUGGAAGAUUUAGAUAAUAAUAACAUUGAGCAUUAUAAACGAAUAAACGUAAACCCAUCAUUGGAAAGUGAAAAUUACGAAGUUUUUGGAUCAAUUAUUUCGGAUCAUGGUUUAAGGAUAGAAGAUUUUUCUGUUACAUUUGGUUUAUAUGACUUUAAUGGAUUUUCUGCAACGAUAAAAACUUUAAAUAAUGCAAGCGUUAAUAUUACAAAAUGUUAUAUUUUAUGGAUGAUUGUUGGAAAUCCUUCAGAAUUAUUAGUAUUUAGUCCAAAGAAUCGAGAUAUAAAGGUUAAUUAUGUUAAAGAAAGUAUUGCACUAAAACCCGACAUUUCUUGCUAUUCAAUUAAAUCUUGUCAAUUAUCUGAAGAUUAUACAAUUUUUUUAAAUUAUUAUUGUUUAACAGCAAAUUACGAACCUAUAGACAUUAAAUUAGUCAAAUGGUCAAAUGACUCUAUUGAUUUUCAAAUAGUUGAAUCAAAUAAUUCAAAUUCAAAUACAAAUGAAAGUAAUGAAAUAAAUGAAAUAGUGGCUAUUAUCGUUGAUGUACAUAUUUUUAUUUUAUCUUCAGAUUAUAAAAGUUUAAAAAUUGAUAAUGAUGAGAAAGAAUGCAAUUUAAACUUAAUUGGAUAUGCGCUAACUGAAGAUAUUUAUAGUGAUAAUAGUAUUAAUAUUUUCAUUAAUGAAUUAUUGUCAUUUUACAAAGAUUGUUCUAUUCUAAAAGAAAAAGGUGAAUUAAUUAGAAAACAUAUAGUAUUAAAAAAAGAAAAUGAAAAUAAAAUAUUUAAUUAUCUAUUGAGUUUUAAAAAUAAAAAGCAAAAUAUUAUUCUUUUAGCAGAUUUUUAUAAACAUGGAAUUGGGACAGAGAAAGAUGAAAUUAAAGCAUUUGAAUUAUAUAAAAAAGCAGCUGAAAAAGGUCAAAUUGAUUCAAUAUAUAUGCUUGGAAAAUGUUAUCAAAAUGGAGAAGGAACAGAAAAGAAUUUAGGAAAAGCCUUUUAUUGGUAUCAAAAAGCAGCAGAAAAUAGUGUUAAAGAAGCAAUGUUUAAUUUAGCUAUUUUUUAUAAAAAUGGAGAAGGAACAGAAAAGAAUUUAGAAAAAGC